CCGUUCGUGCCCGAGGUGAUCUGCGUAGGGCUCAGAGUACCAGCAGGGCUAUGGCAGGCUUGUUCUGAUGCAGAGCUCCUCAAGUCUCAGGCUAGAGAGGGUGAAGGUGAGGCUGUGGGGAGCAGGGUUCCCAGGGCCACAGGAAAGGCUAGGGGCUUGGUGUAGCCUGGCAGGUCCACACGUCUCAUUGCCCCCACCACACGUGCAGGCAAUUCCUAUUGCUUCUGGAGCCUCCCCAAGGGCAACUGCUCACAUGCCUGUGGCUAGGGCCCUGAGAGGGGACUUUAGUUAGGGAAGGUGCUCUGUUAGUCAAUAGUCCUGGAUACUCCAGCUUGUCACCAACACAGAAGACCGUGAUGAGAUCUUCUGAGUGUGAACUGUGUCACUGCAUGCCAGGUUCUCCUCUGCCAAGAGCAACCGAAAAUGACAUCGGGAUCAUCUGGAGGCCGGAAGGCCUAGCUGCAGCUGGAGAUGAAGCCUGGCCCUUCUCGUGUUACUAAGGGGGAAGAUCUGUUUCCACCGAGGACAGGAAAGGCCCUGGCGGGCAGCCAGGGUAGCUGACUGAUGAGAAGGGAUGGGAAGGGUACCAGAAAGGGCACCGGGACCUGUGCUGACAGAGAUGACCUGUGGCUCACCACACAGGAACCACAGCUUCAAGUGAACUCAGACCACCUGCCUCAACCACAGCUCAACGUGGCCACCUUUCCAUAGUUGGCGAUCGGUGAGACGGCUCUUUUCUGUCAUUCCAACACUUGGGAGACUCGGAAAGGAGGAUCGCAAAUUCAAGGCUAGACUGGUGUCCCCUAGAUUCGAACCUUCCCAACAAUGCUCAAAUGCACGAGAGAAAGUGGAGAACAUGGGGAACUGGUGAGGACAGAUGUAACCCCACCACCACCCCAAGCCCACGAAAGACAAAUGCAACGGCUCGGGGAAACAGGGCUGCUCUCUGGUUCCUGCCCAGCAUUUCGAAGUGCCCUUGUGGAAUGCAGCUGAUCUUAUCAACUGCCACUCCAGAACAGCCAGGAAGACCUGCCAAGUCCCAAGAAUGUGGCCCGGGAAGGGAAGUUCCGGGCGUUUCCAUGGCGCUUGGCCUCGGCAGGGCACUGGGCUGCUGUGUGAGCUGAGACUCGUGACCACUGAGUACACGGCCCGAGCAGGGGCCAUGCCUGACCCUUAGGAGCCCUCCCUGCAGCACGAGGGAGGCCAGCUCUGUGGGAUUUUUCAAAUAUCAACCUCAGAGCACGAGGUCAGACAGCAAUUCACACACCCUACCAUGUCCAAGAUGUCUAGCUCGGGGACAUGCCUGCUCAAUGGGAGGACCGCCCGCAGCCGAGUCGGCGGCUGGGCCCUCUUACUCUGAACAUCUGUGCUGUGCUUCGGGUGGUGCAGAGCAGGCAGCCAGUGGGGCCUUGCACUAGGAGGGUGCUCGGUUCACCAGCAGCACUCCCCAGUUGUGAGUGAAACCUCACAGGAACCCUCUGGAAGGCCCAGGAACCCUGACACUUCAGAGUCUCACCAGGAAUCCUGAGGGUCAAUUAUUUAUGGUUUACUUUCAUUUUAGAUUAUGUGCCUAUGGAGCCCAGAGGUCCACCUUGGCCAUCAUUCCUCAGGUGCUGUCCACCUUGUUUUUUAUAAGACAGGGUUGGCUUUUUGGGGGUGGGGGUGGUUGGUGGCCUGAAAUGUGAAAGUUAGAUAGGCUGGCCCAAAGGGCCCCAGCGCCUGCCACCUCCCUAGCACUACAAGCACAUGCUACCACACUCAACCUUUCUGACAUGGGUUCUGAGGGAUCAAACAUAGGUCCUCCUGCUUGCAAUUGGGCCAACAACUCCAGGACCCUCCCCCCACUUUUGACAGUCUUACUUUGCAACCCCAGUUGGCCCAGAAUUUGCUAUGUAAGCUACAACAGCCUUGGAUUUAUGGCAGUCCUUGCUCUGCCUCUUGAGUGCUGAGAUUAUAGAUGGGCACCAUCAUGCCCAGUUAGGCUAUCUGUGUGUGUGUGUGUAUUUUGUUGUUGUUACUCUUUGUUUUUUAAGAUCUCAUGUAUCCCAGGAUACCCUUCAGGUGACUAUGUAGCCAGGGACAGCCUUGAACUUCUGAUCCUCCCUGCUCUAUCUCCUGAGUGUUGGGACUACAUGUAUGCACGCACCACUACCCCUGGCUUAUGUGGUGUUGAGGACUAAACGCCGGGCUUCCUGACUGUUAGGCAAAUACUCUAAAUGGCACCAUUCCCACUUUCAUGUUGGACAGCAGCUACACAGUGGGUCGGAGCUGUUUUCUCCGGACAGCUCCACUUAGACGCCUCUAGGACCGGGGAAGCACAGGUCGGGGAAAUUACAAACUUUAAUGGGGGCAGGUGCGCCGCCCUCCAGCAUUAAGGCGGCCGGCCGUGGCUGGCCAAGGGGAUUGUCCGUUCGGACUGGGGGCGGAGCCUGCGGGAACUAAGCACCGGUUCCAAGAAAAGGGCGGAGCCACCGAGCUGUGGGUCGGGAGAGAGGGCAGGGCCUGACGGCGUUGCUCGGCGGGCGGGGGCGGGACCACGCGAGCAGCCCCCGGGGGCGGGACGGGGUCACGUGUGUACACAGCCCCCACGGCGUGCGCGCCGUGAGCUCCGCUGCCUCCUGCAAGCCCAGCUGCCCGCCCGCGGCCGGUGCGCGGGCCGCCGCCCAGCGAGCGCUGCGAAGCUGGGGUGAGCUGCCAUGUGGAGCUGUGGCCCACUCAACAGCACAGCGUGGGCUGAGGAGCCGCUGUGCCGGAACCUGCGCCUGGGGCUGUGGGUCCUCUCGCUGCUCUACCUGGGGGCAGGGGUCCCUGUGAGCUUAGGCUAUAAUGCUCUUCUGGUGCUGGCCAACCUGGCCAGCAAGAACACCAUGACCAUGCCCGACGUGUACUUCGUGAACAUGGCCGUGGCGGGGCUGGUGCUCACGGCACUGGCACCUGCGUACCUGUUGGGCCCUGCCCACUCCAGGUGGGCCCUGUGGAGCCUCAGCAGUGAGGCCCAUGUGACACUGCUCAUCCUGUUCAACGUGGCUUCCCUGGUGACCAUGUACUCCACUGCACUGCUGAGCCUUGACUACUACAUCGAGCGUGCCCUGCCACGCACCUACAUGGCCAGUGUGUACAACACCCGGCACGUGUGUGGCUUCGUCUGGGGAGGGGCGGUGCUCACCAGCUUCUCCUCCCUGCUCUUCUACAUCUGCAGUCACGUGUCUUCUAGAAUCGCUGAGUGUGCCCGGAUGCAGAACACGGAGGCAGCCGAUGCUAUCCUUGUGCUCAUCGGCUACGUGGUGCCAGGUCUGGCUGUGUUGUAUGCCCUGGCACUCAUCUCGAGAAUCGGGAAGGAAGACACACCCCUGGACCAGGACACCAGCAGGCUGGACCCCUCGGUGCACAGGCUGCUGGUGGCCACCGUGUGCACUCAGUUUGGCCUCUGGACACCUUACUACUUGAGCCUGGGGCACACAGUGCUGACGUCACGGGGGAGGACCGUGGAGGGGCAUUAUCUGGGCAUCCUACAGGUUGCUAAGGACCUGGCCAAGUUCCUGGCCUUCUCAAGCAGUUCUGUGACACCACUGCUCUACCGUUACAUCAACAAAGCCUUCCCCGGCAAGCUCCGGCGGCUGAUGAAGAAGAUGCACUGCGGGCGCCGCCACUGCUCCCCCGACCCCUCGGGGAUACAGCAGGUGAUGGCACAGGCGUAGCUAACCCUCCCUGGGCUGACCACGAGGAACACUAAAACUCAACUGGACACAUAGCACUUUGUUCCCCAGGCACAUGGAGCUUCCAGCCCAGGAGACACGCUGAAGCCAGAGAUGCACAGCGGGGCAUUUCUCUUGAUGUUUCCUGUUUUCCCCUAAAAGGCCAACCUUGGUCUUAUGCUGCAUGGUGGAAAGCAGAGGUGCCCUGUGUGAACAGGCUGCUUCUGACUAACCUUCCCACCUUCUCCCUCAAGGUGUGUGCCUUUCUCCCAGGGACAUCUUCAAGGUCCAUGUCCUCACAAGCAGGCUGACCUUCGGCCUCCCUGGUAUUUGGGCUUUCUAAAUGAAGCGAUGAAAUCUAAAGCCAGUAUUUAUACUUCAUAUUGACAUGAUACUUGAUUCUCCUAUUAUUAUUUUUUUAAAAAUAGAAGUGUUAGAAAGAUACCUAGUAUUAAGAAGAAGGCACUUCAGGGGAAUGUGGCUGUCGCUGAUACCAGUGUUAGAGCUUGAGGACAGGACAGUGGGCCUGUCAGGCCUGCAGCAGCUACACAGCCAUUGCUGACAGUGACAGCUAUGGAGCACUGGCCCUCUCCUCUACUGAGAGAGGAUCUUUCCAGUGCUUCAACAUAUGCAUAUACAUAAAUGGAAAAAAAAGAAGUGUGUUCUCUUAGUGCCAAAGGCCUUCUGGAGACCUGGAUAUGGUAGAGGGUUAGCCAGGCAUAGAAGGAAAAGGCAGGAUGGUAUGAGACCACGGCUCCAAGAUGACCAGGGACUGGCAUCAGGGAAAGGGCCCUGCUUGGCCAGUUUCACACAGCUGUGGGUGGCACAUGAGGAGGCUCACCUCCCACAGGUGCCUGGAUCCAGGCCUCACCCACGUGCUUCUGGGGUCUUUUACCAUCCUCAUGUUUGGUAAUUAUCUACUCUAAUGUGGGCAUGAAAAGAAUUCCCACCACCCGAAUUCUCUCGGCUACAUGGCAAGCCCACAAGUCCCUGCCCCCAGUUCUAAAGCUCUCCAUGUGACCAUCUCACCCCUGUCUCUACAGAAGGCGGGUGUGUGACCCACAUUCAGUGGCCUUCUUGCAUGGCCCCACAGCUGGUCCUGGCUGUCUGGGAACUGCUGCUCUGAGUCAGUAACUUUAGUGUUAUCUAUUCUAUGCAAACUCCAUCUCCAUGGACGGUGACGGCUCCAGUUAAUCUGCCUUAAGGAGAAACACGAGGCCCGCAGCCCUAGCUGUGACCUACUGGGCAUGCUCUGUGGGUCUCAGUUCAUGAAUAAACCAAAGGGCUGGGUUAGACAGGCAUCUUCAGAGUUGCUUACGGCUGUAGAAUUUUGUUUUGAGGACUUUAAAUUGGCAAACCUGACUUUCCCUACCCCCGCCCCAGGUGCACAGCUGAGUGAAGGCUCUGAAAAGCUAAUGGCUUCCAGGCUUCCCACCCUGAUAGCCACAAUGAACACCUUAACGCUUGCUGAGGAAACAAGAACCCUCACCAUGAAGGUUCUAGCUAGACCUGGCCUGCAGGCCACGGUAAUUCUCCUAUGAGAGCAAGCCCAGGGACCAAGGUCACAUCAAACAAAAGGCAACCUAUGCUCUGGGGGUCAUAGAGGAAACAGGCUUCAGGUGGGCAGGGCUGUUUGUGAUGUUGGCGCCCCAGUUUAACAGUCUUUGCCCUGGGGACCGUUUUAUACCACUUACUCCAGGCAGAGGUCCAGAGAGGGGCAGACCCCCAGGUCCAAGUGGGGUUGUACGCCCUAGAACCCUCCACCCCAGUCACCCCCAAGCAUGAUAGAGAGAGGCCCAAACCAUGUUCCUUUGUUGCACUUUUUCAGUCACAUUAGGUACAAACUGGCGAGGUUCUAGGGGACCCUUGAGGGGUUGGAAGCCAGGACCAGGAAUGUGUGACUGCCAUCAAUUGUAUAGCCAAUCACUGCCUACCUGGGUCUUCCUUGUGGAGCCGCACAUGGCCAGGGUAGUGGCCAUCUGCAGUGCUGACCCCUUUGCUGUAGAGACCCCUGGAGCAAUGCACUCUCCUACCCGGGGCCCCAUUUCCACCACCUGCCUCCUUCUUGCCCCAGCUUUCCUUUCCAUCACAACCACCCAAGCUCAGCAGCCACUGGUGCUCAGACAUCUGCUGUCCCUGAUGCUGUUCAUCACGUGUCCCCAGUGUCUGCUUCCCAAUUCUGCCCUGCACCUUGCACCUCCCAAAGUAGGAAAGAACCUAAACCACACAAAGAAGAGGUUACUGCAAUGGGGUGUGUGUGUGUGUGUGUGCGUGCCCAUGUCUAUGUACGUGUGUGUGUGCCCAUGUCUAUGAACAUGUGUGUGUGCCCAUGUCUAUGAACAUGUGUGUGUGCCCAUGUCUAUGAACAUGUGUGUGUGCCCAUGUCUAUGUACGUGUGUGUGUGCUCAUGUCUAUGAACAUGUGUGUGUGCCCAUGUCUAUGUACAUGUGUGUGUGUGUCACUCAGUGAUGCUUUCUUACAUGAGUUUAAGACUCCAGGCAAGACACACAUUUCCCCAAGGCUUCUUAACUUAGCUGUCGACACUUCUUGGUGGUUUUAAUUUACAAUGAAUGCUCUUAUUUUCAUUAACUAGUAAGAAAGCUUGCUAUGUGUCAUUAUUCAGGAUUCCAGAAGGUGACCUUUUUUCUUGGGUUUCCUUCUCAAUGCCACAUGACACGACAUAGGAAACCAGGCCCCUUGCUCACUGGGGCAGAUAUACUCAGGAACCAACAGACACCUGUUCUGUCAGAGAAAGCAUUCGGCAAAGGUCAGCCCAGAGAGAAGGUCUGACGUUCAUCUGUGUGUCUGGUUCUUGGGUUUAAGCCCGUGGGAAGAUGUGGGUUUUCUGACUCCUUUCCUACAGGAUCCACCCCAGACCCUAGAUCCAUUUGCCAAAAUUCUGUGAAUGUGAAAAAGAAACUACUGAUGGGAUCCACACUUCUGAAGACUAUUAAAUUAUUUAACACUCAUCA